AUGACUCGAGACAUCCCAUUUUACAGUAACAACGAGGAUCCAGAUGUGGUAAGAUUGUUUGUGAUAAGACAUGGUCAGACAGAACACAAUGUUCAAAAGAUCUUGCAAGGACAUCUGGACACAGAUCUAAACCAUGUUGGACUAGAACAAGCUGAAAAAUUGGGGCAAUAUCUUAAGGAAAGACAUAUUAACUUUGAUAGUGUAGCAAGCAGUGAUUUGAAAAGAUGUAUGCAGACGAUCAAGGCCAUUCUUGAGCAAAUGGACCAGGAGCCUCCAGUCAAGUACUAUAAGGAGCUGAGAGAACGUUGUAUGGGGGUCAUUGAAGGCAUGCAUAUUAGAGAAGCUGAAUCGUACGCUGAUAAGCAUGGUAAGGGCUCUUUCAGAGAUUUUGGCGAGAAAGCGGAUGAGUUCUUGGAAAGACUCACUGGAGGUCUCAAAUCAAUUGUUGAAAACGCUGCAGAAAGCGGCCAAGUGAAGAAUAUGGCCAUUGUGAGCCAUGGAGGAGCUAUUAGAACUCUGCUUAGAUGGUUACACUAUGAAGAGCAUAAUGCACAUAACCUCAUCGUGUUCAAUACUUCAGUGACAAUUAUAGAUUAUAUUAAACGCACCGGACAGUUCAUCGUCAGGCGUGUAGGGAACACUCAGCAUCUGGGCGAUGGUGAGUUUGUAGUCAGCGAUUUGCGUUUACGCUAA